AUGCAGUACACGAUAACGCCGAGCGACUCGCGCAGGGACGGAGGACUGGAUGGUUCAGCCCCUUUCCAGUCGCACCAGAGUCUCGGACAAGCUCUGGGCACCCAUUUGCCCCCGUCAGCUUACCACCCACAGCGUUCCAGUGACUACCGUAUCUCCCCGUCCCCGUCUCCCAUUCACCCCCACCACCCACAUGCUCACCCACAUCCACACCAUCCCCAUCCACAGAACGGCGGCGCGUCCUCGUCCUCGUCGUUCACCAGCCAGACAUCCCCGACCAUGCCUCUCAAGCGCAAGCUCAUCGACGGCGCCCAGCAGCAGCUCUCUUUGCAGAAACGUCGUCGCGAUGCUGAAGACUCCGUUGUCGACGGCUUCGACGGCGGCCAGGGCGCCAAGCAUUGGACUGAUGACGAAAAGUCCAAGCUUUUCAACUGGCUCAUGGGCUCGGGCCAGGAUGAUCACUGGAACUCACUCCGUGCUACCAAGAACUCGUGUCUACGAGAGUGUUCCAUCCAGGUAUUUGGCAGCAAGAAGACUUACCAGGCGCUCAAAGGCUGCUAUGAACGCAAUUUCAAUCUAUUCAAGCAGAUCUACGCGUUCGAGUCAUGGCAUUCCCACCAGCUUAACGGCGGCAUCGUAUCCAUCAACGGCCUCAGUGAGGCCGACCGCCUCAAAGAGUACGAGAGACGUCUUCAGGGCGCCAAGAAAGCUGGAUGUGACGUCGGCAACAUCACCGCAAGAACAAUAGAUCAUUGGCAUCGUGUGGGCUGGUAUCAGCUAUUUUAUACGCGAUGGCAUGGUGAUCCAGCGACCACGCGUCCCAGCGUUCAGCGUGUUGGCUCGGCGGCAAACGGUGCUGGACCUGUCGGUGAUGAUCCUGAUCCCGUAGACGUCGAUGAUUCUGGAAUUGACUUCGAUUCGAACCUCGCAGCACUAAGUAGCUCGCACGAACCGUUAACAUUCAUUAACGCCCCCCCAGCUCCGAGCCCAGCAACCAUACCACCUCCACCUCCACCGCCACCGCCAAUACCGUUAUCCCCUCAUGCAAGUCACACUAAUCACACAACUACUACUGCCGUCGAACCGCAUGGCAACAUUGCACUCUCGCAGGGCAUGCUUAAUGCAUUUAUGCAAUUUCUGCAGAUACAAACUCAGACCGGUAAAAUGAAGUUGGAUUACUUGAGAAGACGAGAAGAAAGAGAAGAGAAAGAGAGCUCCCAGAGGAGAGAGCUGGAGCGACUGAGGAUUGAGAGGGAACAGGCAGAGUUUGAGCACACAAAACAGACUGCGAAUUUGAAGCAGAAGGCUGAUAGGGCCAUUGCCCUCUUGGAAAACCCCAAUGUCGACCCUUCCGUGAAGGCUGCAGCCGGCGACUAUUUGAAAAAGGUAUUCACAGCGGACUAG